UCCUCCGUCUCCUGAGCUGGACAGUCUCUAAACCCUAAAUUCGCGUCUCUCAGAAUCUCCUCCGAAAAAUUAUCAACGGCAAGUUCUCCGCGUUUCGAUUGAGUUUCGAUUUCCUACAGUAUGUUCAUCGGUUCCCGCUGUCUCGUAGAACCCUAGUUGUUGGGUUCAUGCCUAGUAAUCUUAGGUAGUUUUAAGCAAAGAAGAAGAAAAAGAAGAAGCAGAAACAGCAGCAGCUACGGGAGAAUAGAUUUUGUAUUCGAGUGGAUUUUGUGGCUUCGACAUAGCUUCGAAGUUGCAAGAGGGUUUAGAAUCUGUGGCUUCGAUUUCACGAUUCAAUGGAGGGAUUAAAAGUCUCAGACGCGGAAUUGGUGGUUUACGUUCAUCCAUCGAAGAGCAGAAACGUGUUUGAAGCCGUUCUUCGCGAGCUUAGUGCUCUUCUCUUCCAGUACAAUGAGACCUUUGAAGGUGUUUUGUUGGCAUUUGAUGCCAAUGUUAAAAGCAAACAAGCAAAAAUCCUUCCGGGACUUCAUCCGUACUUUGGCGUGAACGUAAACACAAAACUUCUGCUAUUCGAUCCGAAGCCCAAUAGUCUUGUUGAAGGGAAAGUUGUAAAGCUUUCUCCAGAGUCAAUCCAUGUGGUUGUUCUUGGGUUUUCUGCUGCGGUUAUAACUGACGUGGAUACUCGUGAAGAAUUCAAGUACAAAAUCAAAGAUGGUGAAGCUCGCUAUGUGAGCAGAUCUCAUAAGCGGCACGUAAUAAAGGUCGGAACGAUGAUACGCUUCCUGGUUAAGAGCUUCGACGAAGAGGUUAUGCAUAUAUCCGGAUCUCUACUACCGGAUAACACGGGAUGUGUUCGAUGGUUGGAAAAGAACUCAGAAGAAGCUUCACAUACUGAUAGGGAGUCUAAACGGAGAAGAGACAGCGAACUAGAAACCGAGUGGGGGAAGGACAUAACUGGCGGUGGGACAUCUUCGUUAAGCCAUAACGUCCGUACAGAUCCGCAGUCCAAGAGACAUAAAGUUUGAGAAGAAGCUUGAUGCUCUGUAAUUCAUUCAGGAUCAAGUUUCUAACUUUGUACCAGGAGAAAGGAACGAAGAAACCCUAUUUAAACCGAACUAAAUUGGAAUCGGUUUGGUUUGGUGAAGUUCUGUAGGUUUCUCUAUCAUUCCUUGAAAGUGCAACUAAUUUCAUUGUAUCAGUACAAUAUUAUUGUCUUUCAUUUUUGGGUAAUCUUGAAAUC